GCAUGAGCCGGGAAGUAGAAACCGGCGCUGGUUAGGGAAUAGGCUCUUAAGCACCGGCAAGAUCCCGCUUUGAGGAUUUAUGAGCUGGGUGUGGGGAGCGCAUGUGAGGAGGAGGAGGCGGUGGUGGAGGCGGAGGCCGUUGGGACAGCAUGGAAUAACAAGAGAGACCUUGCAAUGAUGGAAGUUAGAAAAUGGCUUGGUUGGUUACCAAAUGGGGGUGAUAGGUGUGCAGCUGGUGGUUACCAUGGUGAUGACUAGCAUUAUACAGAAGAUCAUACCUCACUACUCUCUUGCCCGUUGGCUUCUUUGCAGUGGAAGUUUGCGGUGGUACCUGCAUCCCACAGAAGAAGAAUUACGUAUUCUUGCAGGAAAACAACAAAAGGGAAAAAGCAAGAAAGAUAGGAAGUACAAUGGUCACAUUGAAAACAAGCCAUUAACCAUUCCUAAAGACAUUAAUCUUCAUCUGGAAACAAAAUCUAUCACUGAAAUAGACGCAUUGGCCUUGCAUUAUUUUCCUGAGUACCAGUGGUUGGUGGACUUCACAGUGGCAGCUACAGUGGUGUAUUUGAUAACUGAAGCUUACUAUACUUGGAUGAAGCCUUCACAAGAAAUGAAUAUCAGCAUAGUCUGGUGUUUUCUUGUUUUAGCUUUUGCAAUCAAAAUAUUGUUCUCAUUAACUACACACUACUUUAAAGUUGAAGAGGGAGGAGAAAGAUCAGUCUGUGUAACAUUUGGCUUCUUUUUCUUUGUCAAAGCUAUGGUAAUUCUGAUUGUAACGGAAAACUAUUUGGAGUUUGGACUUGAAUCAGGUUUCUCCAAUUUUUCAGAAAGUGCAGUGCAAUUUUUUGAAAAACAAGGGUUGGAAUCCCAGGGUCCUGUUUCUAAGCUAACCUUCAAAUUUUUCCUGGCUAUCCUCUGUUCACUUAUUGGAGCUUUUUUGACGUUCCCUGGUUUGAGGCUAGCUCAGAUGCAUCUUGAUGCUUUGAGUUUAACAACCAAAAAAAUCACCCAAACUCUGCUUCAUAUAAACUUCCUGGCACCUCUGCUUAUGGUGUUGUUAUGGGUAAAGCCAAUUACCAAGGAUUAUAUUACGAACCCACCAUUAGGAAAAGAAAAUGUGCCUUUAAUGUCAGAAGCUACAUUUGAUACUCUAAGAUUGUGGAUUAUAAUUCUCCUAUGUGCUUUGAGGUUAGCCAUGAUGCGCAGCCAUCUCCAAGCCUAUCUGAAUUUAGCACAGAAAUGUGUGGAUCAAAUGAAAAAAGAAGUUGGAAGAAUAAGUACUGUUGAAUUGCAGAAAAUGGUGGCCAGAGUGUUUUAUUAUCUUUGUAUAAUUGCUCUUCAAUAUGUGGCACCUCUGGUUAUGUUGCUGCACAUGACUCUUCUGUUAAAAACUUUAGGUAACUAUUCAUGGGGCAUUUAUCCAGAAUUAACCUCAGAUUUACCCCCAGAGGACAGUACACAGAGCAGUUCAGUAAGCUCUGAAUCAUCAUCUGAUGAUAGAAAGAUGAAGGUAACCGUAAUACAGCUUACAAUGGCUCUGGAUAGCCUGAAGAACAUUUUCACUCCACUGUUGUUCAGAGGACUCCUUUCAUUUCUCACUUGGUGGAUUGCUGCUUGUCUUUUUUCCACAAGCCUUUUUGGGCUGUUCUACCAUCAAUACUUGACAGUAGCAUGAUUUUAGAAAGCAACCAUUCAAAGAAGCCUGUGUUCCCCAACAGAGCAGGAGAAUAUGGGAAGAAAUAACAUAAUAAAGUUUCAUUCCUUUAAUACCUCUUUAUGAUCACAAGCAAUGUAGUGUAUAAUAUCAAAAAAACCAUGACUUCAUAAUACCGUUACUUUGAAAUUUGUUUAAGUAUCUUUUGUUUUCAUGAGUUCCAUCCUGCCCUGGGAGCAUGAUGUAUUCAGUCAUUGAUUGACUGGUCUUAAUGGUGUUAAGAUAAAAAGAUAAUAUUAAUGGUGACUGCUUAAAGGUCAUAUAAGGAGUCAGAAACUUGGAUGACUUUUCUUUUGAAAAGCAAACUAAUUCCACAGGACAAAAGAAAUACUGUAUAUUACAGUAAAGGAAACAUUCUGAAUAGAGUUUUUGUAAGUGCAUGGAAUACAGAAGAAUUAUUCUGCAGGAAGUGUUUUCAUAUUAGUACUGCAUCACUUGUGUGAAAGUUCAGGAAAGUAAGUUUCUCAGAUGUUACAGCAUGUGCCUCUGAGCACCCAUUUAUUUAAAAUGAAUGUUUAGUGUAUAUAAUCUGCAAGUAGUAAGCUCAUGAAUUGUUUGAAUGCUUACUACACGUACUUUACUUCUGCACAUUCACAUAUUAAAUUAUGUGAAGUGGUAUAAUAUGCUCAUGCAUCUCAUUAUACCACAUAAUGUAAUGUGUCAAGAAGUUUUAAAAGUUCAUGUUAUAAGAGUAAUAUAACUACAUUGUUUUGGUCUCAUCGAUCAUUUUAAAAAUAAUAAAUGGCCAUAUGAAUCAUUGAAUGUUUAGUAUUGGUGCUAAUAAUUAACUAGAAAUGUAUUUAGCUUUUAUGGUUCCAUAAUUUAACAAAUACCAUUAUUAUAGCACUGGUCGAUGAUGUUUGACACUAAUCAAUACUAAACUAAUUUUAACAAGUAUAAUUCAAUAAACACUAUUUGAAAACAUCAGCAGUGAAAUGUAUACUGCUGGAUGAGCAAAUUUUAUUAAUUAUAACAAAAUUAUAAUGGUAAGGACUAUCCCAGCACAAAUAGUUUUAAGCUUUGUAAUAAUAAUUGAUUAAACCUGUAUGCUACCUGACUCUGGUGGCUGACAACAAUAAAAGAAAUUGCAAUAAAAUAAAUAAAAAAUAAAGAUAAAAGAUGGCAAACAUGAUAAAGUGAAAGCUCUCCCUUACCAAAGGUCUGGGUAGAAGACCUAGAUCUUCACAGUUCCAAACAACAACAUAGAAUGGGGCUAUAUAGGUCUGUGGGGUGGACUAUUCUAGAGAGUUGACCUGACUACAUAGGAAUAUACUUCAGGGAUUCUGAAAUAUGAAAUUAUUUAAUUAAAGGAACUUCAUCAAAUUUCCUGGGCAGUUGUUAUGAGAGACAGGUGAUCCCUUAAGUAAUCAGGUCCUAUGCUAAAGGUGACAGCCAGCAUCUUGAAUUGCACUCAAAACCAAACCAAUAAUGGCUGCAGCUCAUGAAGCAGAUGUGUUCCAUGGGCAUACCAAUGCAUGUCAGUUGCUAGUUAUGACACUGUUAAUACUUACAUCUACAUACUCCCAUAUUUUUGAAGCUCUACAUAGAGCCACUGGGUGAAGUCAUCAAUUAGUUUAGGGCUUUAUAUCAUCAAUGUCACACAAUCAUUUCUUUUGAUCAGGUAGCCAAUGAACCACAAUAUUUUAUGAAGUAAAAAGUUAUAAUUUCAUUUAUAUAAGUUUUCUUUACAGUAAAUUCCUUUUGUGGGAUAACUAUCCUUCCAUCUGACUAUUAUAAUCAUAAUAUAAAUGCAUAGAUUAGCCAUCUUUAAAAAAACAUUUAAGACCAUAUUCUCUCAGCAGAAAUGACUGGGUAUAUAUACUAGUGAUAGAUGGGCAAGACAGUUCCAAAUAUUUGUCCAAAUGGUGAAUCAUGACCUAUAAUUUCUUGAUAUAAAGUGAGUCACAACCAUAGUCCUUUUGUUAUUUCCUACAACCUUAGGUUGAAGUAUAUCCUCUCAAAAAUUAAAAUUAGGUCACAUUAUCUGAAUGGAUACAAAGAGUAGUGCAUGUCUGAAAAAGUAAAGAAAUAUACUGAUAGCUACAAAAAUCAAAAUAUUGAAUGGAACUCUAUCCAACUGCUCAACAUUAAAAGUACUUAUACAAAGUAUUCAAGCUGACUCCUUGCCAAUAUUAUAUACCUCACAUUUUAUAAGUUUUGCUUCCAAUCUAAUACAGCUGCAAAUUUGAGUAUGAUUUCAAAAUUAAUUUUAAAAGUCCUAAUUUGUGCCCAAUCAGACUAAUAUAUUAUCAAUACUGAUGGUUAGGUUUAAGCAUUGUCAAACAGGCUUAUUUUCCUGUUGCUCUUUAUAUGAGGAAAACUACAUAUACACUUGAGGUUGAUUGCCAGCUUUGCAUACACCAUUUAACACUCCAGAUUUUUAGAGUGCUCAGAAAUGUAGCAUAUAAUUUAAAAAAAAAUUGCCAGAAUACAAAUUUUAAAUGUUGAAAUUUGUGCUCCUUUCCCAAACAUUACAGUUUUUUUUUAACCAAAAUUAAAUGCAGUUCAAUUUAUUGAUAGUAGAUUGAACUGUGGAUGGAUUUCAUGGAAUUCUGAAGGAUACAUUUUUUAAAAAAAAUUGAAUCUUCAGACAUGCCUGUACGCAUUGGGACUUUCCUGUAUCUCUUCCCAAUCAAUGUUUCUUCUACCUUUUCCUAAAAUUUGAUAUUGUAAAUUGGUAUAUUCAAAUGGUAAAGAACUGCAGCAAGAGGGAGAAAGUAGUAGAAAUAAUGAAUAUAUAAUUUUGUAAAUGCUUUUGCUAUUCAACAGUUUUCUUUCCCAAUUAUUUUUAGCUUGAUAUGACAGUAUUUUGUGACAUUUCUGCACAUAACUGAUUAUUCUUCUGUAAGAGACAAAACAUUGAUAUUUCAAUUGUAAUUUGAUUUGGUACUUUGAGAUUCCCCCCCCCCUUAAGUUUGUUUGUAUUCUUUUGUUGAUUUCUUAAUUAUCAAAUUGCUUUUGUACAGGAAUUUUCUAAAUUAUUUGGUGGAAAAGGCAUACAUAGCUUCAUCUAUUAAAAUGAAUAUCAAGACUUUCUUCUGAAAGAAGAAUAAAUACAUGAGCUAGAAACAUAAGACAUGGGAAAAUGGCAAAUGAAUGAAAGUUUAAUGUUGAACAAAGCCUUGUGGAAAAUGGGUUGUAACCAGCGACUGAAAUCCUGUAUUACCUGCACAAAUGGAUUAAAUUAUGUGGGAACAAGAAAGAAAAAUAUAAUCCAUACUGAUACUUAAGUAUUCAUGGAACAUUGGAUUGCCACAUAUAAUACUUGUGCAAAUUUUAUUUUUAAAAUAUUGGUUAAUUGCAACCAAUGUUUUAAUGAAAUUAGGUUGUAACUCCUUUGGUAUCUAUCAACAGCAAAUACAGCUGUUUCCUAAAUUUGAAAUAAAAUUGUUUGUUACAACAUUUUUCAUAAUUAUUUUUUUGUAAAAUCACAUUUGAGUAAAUUCACAAUGCCUUAAAGUACUGAAAUGUUUCUGAAGAAUUAUACCAUCCUUUGGUGGAGAAUCUUGAUGACUCUUACAUGGGAACAUUGCAGCAACAAUUGCUUUCCAGUUUGAAUACCUUGUUUUAAUCUUAUCUUAGUGUAAGAAUAUAUAUGGCAUUUGAAUAUGUUAAAUAUUUUAUGAAAAUAUUUUCCAUGUCUGUGAUUUAUGAUAAAAAUGCCUCUUGACUAAAUAUGGGUCAAACACUCAGUUGGGUUUUAGAAAAGCUAGUUACGGCUGAUAAGAAAUAUUUUUGUGCUAAGUAUUGAGAAAUAAUUUUAUACAAUAUAUUCAUAAGGAUGAACAAUCUUGUUCUGUGAAUCUUUUCAAUUCUGUGUUAACAUUCUACAGAAUCAUGUCAUUCUCCAGUUGAUAUUUUUCUACUUUUUAAAUAUUCUACCACACUGAUAAGAUAUUGGUAUAAAUUAUUUGUUUAAAUAGAUAGAUUGAAAGUAUCUUUUAAAAUGAGAUGAAAUAAGAGAAUUUUGAAAUCAGAAGAAAUAAUCCUGUAUAUUGAUCAUUCUAUUAAGAAUAGUGUUAAGCUAUUUAAUUGAGACAAAUUUCAGAACCCCCCACCCCACCCCCGCCCCUGAAAUUACCAAAUAACUUUAAAUGGAGAAAGAUAGACUCCCAAUCUACCUCAUACGGUUGUGGCUAUAAAAUAAAAGGAGACCCCUCUCUUCUCCCAUUACAUUGCUUUGAAGGGAGGCUCCGUCUCUCCCUGUUACAUUGCUUUGAAUUCCUUAAAAAAAAGCCAGAUACACACAUAAUCAUCUGUUGAUUAUGGGCCCUCAAGUCAGUGUCAGCUCUUAGUCAUCAUGUAAAUAGAUUUUCUUGGGUGCAUGCAUUAAAUACAAUCAAUAAAGCGGUAUCACUUAGAUAUGACAAACAUCACCAAUCAAAAGAUUAUAGCUAAAGUUGGAUUUUGAAGAAGCAUUAUAAAAGCAUUUAAGCUUUUCAAUUUUGAUGUUGGAGAAGACUCCUGAGAAAACCAUGGACAGUAAGAAAAAAAAAACAAAUGGAUCAUCAAACAAAGCAACUCUUCUUACUCCAGGUACAGCUGAGCUAGCUGAAAAUUAUCCUUUGGACACAUAAUGUAGUUUUUUAGAGAAAGUUCUAGUGCUGGGAAAGAGAAGAAGAGGAUAACUAGCAGCAAGGUGGGUAAACAAAGUUACAGUGGCAUUGAGUGCACCAUUGAAAGAUCUGAAAGACCAGGUUAGGGACAGAUCAUCAUGGAGAAGGUCUGUAUGUCACUAAGAGUUGGCAUCAACUUGAUGGUACAUAAUCAGUAGCUAUUGGUGUAGAUAUCUGCUGAAAGGGAAUUUAACAGGAAUAUGUUGCCAAUUUUUUUUUAUUCAAGAUGAUAUUGGAUAGAUAAAUCUAGUAGAAUAGUAACUUUUAAAUAAAACACAUUGCACAAUGUAAUAUAUUGUCUAUUUCUACUAUCUGAGAUAGUCUAGAUUCCUUUGUGUAUUUGUGAGAAAAGUGAUUAAGAUGAAUUUAACAGGUUAAUUUAAGCAUUUUUAUUUCUUCAUAUUGUUUCAAGUAAAUUUAUAGGAUAUUAAGUUCUAUGGCAGGAUCAUCUCAAGAUUUUCACUGUAAAGUAAAAUUACUUGUUGAGAAAGGUGAUAUGAUUUUCCACAUAUUUAUGUACAUCUUGAACAUUUAUCUUUGGUCACUGGUUUGAAUAAGAUAAAUCAGAACUGAGCUUUUUUGGGAGAUUAGUCUGAAAGCUAUUAUUUCACCCCAAUGCAGUUCUGGCCAACAUUUUGGAAAUAUGUUUGUGUAGUAAUAUUAUUUCAGUACCCGUACUUAUGCCAUAAAAUGCAUAAGAAAUAUAUUGUAUCACAAAUACACAUUUGACUCAUUUUCUGCAUAAAAAGCUCAUGUGGGACAACCCAGUAUAGAGGGUUAAUCUUGAAGAAGGUAUGUGGCAAUAGUUAAGAUAAAAUAGGCAAUUCAGUUCUGGAAAAGUAAAAGGUUAAAAGUAAAAGUAAAAGAAAGAAUCUCAAAAUCACCCUGCUUUGAUGUUCAUUGUUGUAGGGUAUAACAACAAUAAAAUAGCAUUCCUAUAAUAUUUUAUUGUCUCUUUGCUCACUUGGAGUAUCACAAAAGGUGAACAUCCAAGCUGUAGUAAGCCAUUAUUUUUUAGUAGGUCCAUUAUCACAUUAUCAUCACUUUGGAACAACUUAGUUCUACAAAACAGAUGGUAGAAUUUUAAGCCACAUUUACACAAGACUACUUCUUCACUGUUUAACUCAGCUUUAGCUCUUGUUAUUUGAGUUCUUUGAACAUUAUUCUAUUGCUGUUUCUGAAGUUUUUCAAAGCUAAUACAGAUUUUGCAGCAUUAAUUAACAACGCUAAACCCACAAUCACUGCUGAUUAAAAAAAAUUGAAGGAAACUUAUUAAAUUAAUAUUAGCUGUUCCUGUUAGACUUGAUCUCAGCCAAAAGGCUAAGAAACUGUUUUUACAUUCUUUGAUUUCAGGAGUAUGUUUGUCUAAACCAAUAAGUUGCUUUAAAGAAUGUGAAAUUUAUUUUUAUCUUAAAAUGGGAUUUUUAUAAUAGAAAAGUUUAUUUCCUGUUUAUUUGACACAGAAUGUUUAAUGAGUUGAUUGUAAUCAACUUUUUUUUUUUUUUUGAGAUGCACUUGCAAUGUUUGAGCACUAAUUUGCAUGGUUCGGACUUGUCUGUAUAUUGUGGGCUGAAAUACGCAUAACUGUUAACAAGAUUUGAAGCCAAUUGUUAUAGAUAAGGAUACAUAUGUUUUGUCUUACUACACCUUUAAUAUUUAUAGCGCAUCAAGAAUUGCAGACUUUUUUCACAUGGGGGAUGCAGAAGUAUUUCCUUUACAACAAAGGAAAACUACUACUAUUUUACAAUAGACUACUGAUGUAUGUGGUCUUUACAUUCGAAUUACAGAGUACAUGUUUGUUCCUAAUAAGUGAGCAUCACAAAGGGCUUUCUUGCUUUCUCUUUUUUUAAAGCAAUCUAGUCAAAUGCCUUGGAGAUGCUUAUCUAUGUGAUAAUUUUCCAUUUUCCCCUUUUUUCUGUAUUCUUAAAAAAACACUGUUAUUUUAUUAUGUCAUGUAUGCAAUUUUUUCUUGCUAAUGGGUUUGAUGUGAUAAAAAUAAACUAUAAAAAAGAAUUAAGUGGGCUGUCUUUUCACUAUUUAUUAAACAGCUAGUCUAGAUGAUAGUACCUAACUGUCCUUGGCUAAUACUGAAAAUCAAAGCAGAAUUGAAUCGGUUAUACUUAGAUGGGAGACACCAGGAAACCUUGAUCUGUAAGGUAGACUGAAAAGGACAUUUGACAUUACUAUAGUAUGAUCUUAUUUUUUUAUUCAUAUUAGCACUCUGUGUGUACAAUAUAAUAUCUAAAAAAUACAUCACAGAUUAGCAUAGACUGAGCAAACAAUCUACUUAAAAAACAGAAAUUGCUUUAAAUUAGAUGAUUAUUUCAACUGCAAUUUUAAAUCUUAGUGUGUAUAAAGGCUAUUUCCGUCUGCAGAAAUCUUUGUAUUCGGUGGAUUAUUUCUGGUGGUUGAAUGUAGUGGAGAUUUUGUUGAUUUUCCCUUUCCUAUGCAUUGCACUGUCUUACUCCGCAGCUUUGGAAAAUUUAUGGACUAUACAGCAGUAGUGGAGGUGGAUGAUGAGAAUUGUAAUAAAUGUGGGAGAAGUUGAAUGAUUUUUCCAUUUUUGACAUUAAAAGCACUACAGACAACUCUAUUCAGACUGUUUCUGCUGGUGGAAUCAAAUCCUAGAAAUAGAUGUAGCUACUGAAAUCAGGUAUUCCUAUUCUAAUGUUUCUGUGAAGUACAGCUCAGCUCCUGGUGGUUUCAUGGACACAAUCUAUAUAGUUUUAAAACAGCAGCAUAGAAAUGAUUUGCCAUUGGCACUUUCUGGAGACACCUAUUUUUAUUUCACAGUCUAGCCUACAAUCCUGUCAUUUCCUAAAGUUCUCUCAUCCAAAUACAGUCCAGAACCAAAAUUAGCCAAGGACAGUUUUAAAAUAUUAAGCGGUUAUCUAUGUCAACUUUUUCAUUUUCAAUCUAGGAUCUCAAAAAUCUAUAUUGUACUGUUUUGAGAUAAUUCCAGUAAAAGUGAGCCAUUAAAAAACCAAGCACCUCCUCAUGAAUGAGCCAGUUUAUAAACUUUUAUAUAGUCCUUGUUCAUUCAAUUGAGACUAAAUGAAGAAAGCAUUCAAACAAUGUUGCUUUUUUGGGUAAUGAAUGUUGGGGGUAAACUUGGCUCUUGGCUCAUUACUUGCCGCAAUGUAUGUAAUACUCAUUUUACAUAAUCAGUGGCAAAUAUUCAGACACAAAGUAGGCGAUAUAUUGAAAUCAAUAACAAUAAAAAUGGGAGAUAAAAUAUUUCUUCUGUUUAUAUUUUUAUGAUAUUUAUGAAGUAACUCUAUUGCUGUGUGUUAUACCAGGAAGAAAAACUAUAUAUUAAUCUACAGUAUAUUUUUGCAUGACAGGCAGCACUUUACCAAUAAUAAUGGGAAGGGUAAAAGGUAGUUGUAGUAGCACUUAUAAGCCUUUCUACUCUGCAAGUGUUACAGAAAUUACAUAACCGUCAUUAUAUAAUACCAGUGUAGUAAACACUGUUCCAUGAGAAUUCAAUGACGUAUUCUAGAAGAAACUAGAUUCUUCAAUCUUUACUAACAUUGGUUAUUGGUAAGGCACCAGACAUAAUGGAUGUAUAUAACUUUUUAUACCUGCUGUGUACAGAAGCAAUUGUAUAUAAGAUACUUGUGCAAAAAAGACUCCUGUUGUUGCAAAGCCAUAUCAAUUGUGUUAUUUUUUUGCUAAGCAAUAGAAGAUACUUCAUGCUGUUAUCUUGUGUGUUCUGUAAGUUGGUUCUUAGCUGAAGUUUAUAUAAUA